CUCUAUCUCCCUCUUUCUCUCGUUCCGUAUCUGUCCAGCCAGAAUUCCUAUUUUCAUCUGUACAAUUAUAUCCUUUUACAUCUUGUCUUCGGAACGGGGUCAUCCACGGCGAGCGCAAAGAGAAUGUAGCGAUACGUUGGAAUCAAUUUCCACGUGAAAAAGAACCCUCGAAACGGUGCUGAUAUCAAAGGGGCAUGUAGACACCGUGACUCAAACGGAAUAUGCGAUGUCAGUCCCAAUGAUCGUUCGUCGCUGAGAUAUAACUCGUGGCUCAAAGAUCAUCCCUGCCUGCUGUAACUGUUAUUUCAACUACAACGCACAAAGCGCUUAUAUACCGUUCGCAUUAAAUUUAUUCCUGCAAAAAUUCAACUUGCGAGAACAAAGUUUUUCCUUCGACGGAAUAUUUUAAAUACCUUCGCUAUUAUUGUUAUUAUUAUGAUAAAAAAAACCAUUACGGCAUGAAAUAGUUAGAGUUCUCCGUGUGCUCCCUCCCCGAAGUAAAUAAAAUCCACGGACGUGGGAAUACCUGGACGGAGCAUAGCGUCGCGGGGGUGGUCCGCAAAGGGUGAGGGGAAUGAAAUGUCUAUUGUAACGGACAUGAGGUGCCAAGAUGGCAACACUCGAUAGCGUCACGGAACGUAAUCUAUUUUCACGCCUUGAAAGGAAUAAAGCUUUUUCACUUGGAAAAAAAUGCAAAACUAAGUUAUAUAUAUGAAUCACUUAUAUAUUGAUUACUAAUAACCCAGCAAACACCAAAGUAACAGUUACAUAACAUCAAUGUAAAUGUAAUGUAACACAUGCCUGUUACAUUACAUUUGCAGUGAUGUUACGCGAUUGUUGCUUUGGUGUUUGCUGGGAACGAAUCAAGAUGUAUGUAUUACAUCGAAUUAGCAGACACCAUAACCAAUCGUACAUAGUAUACUAAAGUGUAAAAGUGCAAGAUAUUAUUUUAUCAUUAUGGUGUUAAAUAUAUAUUUUUUAUGUAGCAGCCGUUAAUGCGCAUUAAUUCGGAAUAAUGCGGAUAACCAAAUUUGCUAUAACAUUCGUGAAUGUAUAUCGAAUAAACAUUCAUAUAUACACAUGAAAUAAUCAUAACUUAAAUAUUUAUCGAGAAUUAAUGACCGGAAUCGGAAAAUAGAAAUUACUGCAGUGAUCUUAAGUUGACGCCGUACAAUGCCCGACGAUGUGACAAUAGACACUAAAUAUCCGGCACCAAGAUGGCCGCGACGAUAGAUUCCCCUCACCCUUCAGAGGGGACUCCCCGCGUCCGUAAGGGUACUUUACGUUCCGUCCAGAUAUUUUCUACGUCCGUGAUAAAAUCGAAGGGGUUUACGCGCUCUAAAUUACUCCAGAUUUAUUAAUAUCGCAAUUUUAAUCCCGCGCGAGCUUCCGAGUGGAUCUCCCGCUAAUUAGGAGAUGACGUCUACAAUUACGACGAUACUCGCCCCUUUCUACCGAUCUGGCGUCUAUUCUUCCUUCCUCUCCAUUUUCUGGCUGUACACCAACAAACACUUGUUGAUUCCGCAAAUAUCAAAGAGGAUUUUCGAUAUAAGAAAUGAUCACUUUUCAUCUUGACGCAAACGCAAACCGUGAAAGCGCGAGGAAAAGCGAGCGCAACGACGCGUUCCGCAAUAUCGCGCCUAAUAUUUUUUGCGACAACAGUUUAAACUGUUUCCCGUUCGGGCAUCUCGUAUUUCGAAUAUUUCCCCCGAUUUCUGCCAGACGGUCCCCAGACAUUCCCUCGAGCUCGCCUUGAAUCCCGAAGCCAGUAGUAGAAUCUUGAAGCCCGUAGCGCGAAAGUAUUAAUGGAUGACAAAUCGUGUGCAUUGCAGUGUAGUGCCGCCGUCGGGAUGAAGGCGUUCUUCGACAUGAUGCACAAUGGGCCGCACAAGGUGAUACUCUUCGGUGGUGCUUGCACACAGGUCACGGAUCCGAUAGCGAAAGCCUCGAAGCACUGGCGCCUUACGCAGCUCAGCUACGCGGACACCCACCCUAUGUUCACAACCAACAGCUUCCCGAAUUUCUUCAGGGUCGUGCCGUCGGAAAAUGCCCUCAACGCGCCGCGAGUGGCGUUGCUCACGCACUUCAACUGGACCCGGGUCGGCACGAUUUAUCAGAACGAGCCCAGAUACGCACUGGUGCAUAAUCGGUUGGUGGCCGAUCUAGACGAGAGCAAAAUGGAGCUCGUGGAGACGCUGAGCUUUGCCACAGAGGUGACGACGGCGCUCGAGAAGCUCAAGGAGAGGGACGUGAGGAUUCUCCUGGGAAAUUUCAACGAGGCAUGGGCCAGGAAGAUAUUCUGCGAGGCUUACAGGUUCGGCUUGUACGGCAGAAAGUAUCAGUGGGUCAUCAUCGGGACGUACACCAGAGAGUGGUGGUUGCGCCCGGGCGGCGGAUGCGCCCCUUCCGAGCUGUCCGAGGCUCUUCACGGUGUCAUCCUGACGGAUCUGCUUCCGCUGACGACCGAGGAGCAGCACACCACGUCCGGAAUCACCCCGGACCAGUAUCAAUCCGAGUACAACUCGAGACGGGGCAGCGAGUACUCGAGGUUCCACGGAUACACGUACGACGGCAUCUGGACGGUCGCGCUGGCUGUGAAACACGUCGCGCGCAGGAUACGGCACUUCCAUCGCAACCAGACUAUAUCCGACUUUCGCUACAGGGACGUAUUGUGGGAGAAGCUCUUCCUCGAUGCCCUCAGGAAUACAAGCUUCGACGGUGUCACGGGGCCAGUCCGCUUCUAUGACAACGAGAGGAAAGCGUACAUUCUUCUAAAACAAUUUCUGGACGGCCGCGAGGUAAACGUAGGCGAGUACGAUAGCAUUACUGGCAUCCUGGACCUGACGAGAAGAGAGGCCCUGCUGUGGAACGGCAAAUCGCCGCCGAAAGACAGGACGGUUCGCAUAAUCGAGCACUCCACCGUGGACAUCACGCUGUACGCGGUGCUAGCCUCGGCCGCUAGUGUCGGUAUCGUCAUGGCAUCCAUUUUUCUCGCCAUCAAUAUCAGAUACAGAAAUCAAAGAUACAUCAAAAUGUCAUCGCCUCAUCUGAACAACCUCAUCAUCAUCGGUUGUAUGCUGACCUACAGCAGCGUUAUCUUCCUCGGACUAGACUCACAAUUAUCGAGCGUAGCGGCCUUCCCGUACAUCUGUACGGCCCGCGCGUGGCUCUUGAUGGCUGGUUUCUCGUUGGCCUUCGGCUCCAUGUUCUCGAAAACGUGGCGUGUACAUUCCAUAUUCACCGACGUGAAGCUCAAUAAGAAGGUGAUAAAAGAUUACCAAUUGUUCAUGGUCGUCGGAAUAUUGCUGGCGGUCGAUCUCACGAUCAUGACAACGUGGCAAGUGGCCGAUCCAUUUUAUCGGGCGAUAAAGCAAAUGGAGCCCUAUCAUCACCCUUCCAGCGAGGAUAUAAUAAUCAUCCCGGAAAACGAGUAUUGUCAGAGCAAUCAAAUGAAUAUUUAUCUGUUUUGCAUAUAUGCAUACAAAGGCCUUUUAAUGAUAUUCGGUGCCUUUCUGGCAUGGGAAACGCGGCACGUUAGUAUACCGGCAUUAAAUGACAGUAAAUACGUGGGGAUGAGCGUAUACAACGUUGUUAUAAUGUGCGUCACCGGUGCAGCUAUAAGCUUCGUGCUCACUGACAAACAAGACGCCAUGUUCAUAAUGUUGGCGGUGUUCAUUAUAUUUUGUAGUACAGCCACUCUUUGUCUGGUUUUUAUUCCUAAGGUAAUAGAGUUACGCAGAAAUCCACAAGGGGCGAUAAAUAAGCGGACCAGGGCGACUCUGAGGCCGAUGUUGAAAAUACGAAGGGACUCGACGGUCAGCGAGCUCGACGAGCGUUUAAAAGAGGCGAAGCUGACGAAUAAAAAAUUCCGGAAGCAAUUGUUGCAAAAGGAUUCCGAGCUUCAGGGAUUUUUAAGGAGAAUGGGCGAGGAGGCUGAGAACGAAACGCAAGAGACGGUGGACACGUUGCCGGUCCCGAAGCCAGAAGAGGCCGUUAAAAAGGAAGGACCGUCGAUAACCACAGAGACGACCGAUGUAUCAAUGUCCAUGUGCAGCUUGAACUCAUCAACCGUUUCGCAGCCAGAGGGUGAUUACGUCAACGUGGAUCAAGUAGCAAAGAAAAGGGCGUCCCUUUCGAAGGCCACGUCAAUCAUCAUCGACACCGAGAGAAUGGCUAUGACGAGUCAAGCGAUCGAGGAGAGCUCCUCUCCGGGCGCUGUGGCGGCGUUGGACGCGAUGCCGCCGUCGCUAUCGUUAAUAACGACAACGAUAACAACGCCGACGACGAUGACGCAUAUGAAGCAUACGUGCGGCAUGGACCCGUCGCGGCGCAAGAGCCAGCCCGACGAGGUGGCCAAGGACGGGGAGUCGUUGCUGAAGCGUCACAGGAGCCCGGAGCCGCUGCCGAGCGAGGCCGUGACCGCGCGCUACGGUUUCGUGCCGCCGGUCGUCGAGGAAGGCGACUCCGUGAUCCUGGAGGAGACCGAGAUCGCGAGACACGUGUGCCGCGUGAGGAGAAGGAGCAAGGAGGAUCGCAGGGCGAAGCUCUCGACGCCACCGCCGACCAAGAACGUCUCAUUCGGCGAGCUCCACGAGCAGAGUUACAUCGAGCACGUGAUGCCCUUUUCGUUGCAAUACGUACCGAAUCAUCGGCACGCCGGGAAGUACGACGAGUCGAUGUCGACGAUCAUCCAGCGUUCCAUGUCGGAGCGCACGAAGGAGAAGUGCCUGCGGCUGCACAUCGGUGGCGGCCACCCCAUAGUCGAGUGCUCGCACCGCGUCGCGCGCCGGAUGUGCCGUCACGCGGGCUCGAAGCUGCGCCAUCAGGCACGGUUGGAGUACGUGCAGAGCACCCCGAAUGUCGCGACGAUGCACAACGGCAAGCACGUCGCGGCGAACGCGCGCGCUGGAAGCGGCGACGUGAACGUGUCCUCGACCUUGGUUGCAGGUGGUUCCGCGGUGAACGUGUCGAAGAUGUACAGCGCCGUGUCGGAUGGCGAACUGCUGGAUCUGACGAUUCUGCCCAUCUUUCAGAAGCUCCUGACCGAGCGGCACAAGAGCACUGCCAGGCGGGGCUAUCGCUCGAACAUAGCUAGUUGCCCGAAUAUAUCCAUCAAGUGCGACAUCGUCGAGUACCUCUAACGGCCAAGCCGGCGGCGACCUGACGCUUUCUCCUCACCGCGCCGGCGAGUUGACGCGCACGCGAAAUCACGUUUCCCGUCACGGACUCACCGAUCGUGCGGGGCGUGCUAGAUCGGUUAUCUAACAAUAAGUUAAUUAGUUAAUUUCGCGCGUUCGUGUCUUUUAGAUCGUUGCGAGCGGUCGGCGACGUCGUUCGCAUCGCUGAGUCGAACGUAUUUCAGACGGUUUUUACCACUCCGUUGAUUUAUUUAUAAAAAUGACGAUGGACUUGGAACACCGCGCUACCACGCCAUCGCACUCGGGUUAAUUAAUUAUUCGUUCCGUCUCUCGCGUCCUCGCUCUACAGCACUCGAUAUAUCCACGGUAAAGCGCGGACGAGGACGAAAAAGAAAAUUGGGUAACAUAACGCUCUAGUAAUAAUGACGCUCGAAUCGUAUAGCUCUCUCAUCGAGAUACGAGAAAGACAACGGUCGACGAAUAAAGGUAAGACUUUUUCUAUAACACACGAGAGAUAUUUUCUAAAGACGACGAUUAUUUAAGCGUAGGAACGUAGAAGGCGAAACGAGGGAGAAAAUAAAGAGGAGAAAGAGGGUAAAAAAAAAAAAAACCAAAGAGAAAUUCAGCAAAGUCUAUCGCGAGCUCGAAGACUCAAAGUCACCCGAGAACCCAAUAUCUGCUCGUCUCAUCGUCGUUAUUCGGUUCUAGACGUAAACGGAGUAAGUGUACGGAUUUGCGCGCGAUAUUAUCGAGCACACUUAGUUACUUGAACGUCAGUCAAUAGAUCCUGUAUCUCAUUAGUGACGCAGCAUGUUACGUGACAUAUAACAAACAUUGUGGUGAAGCAAACGAGGGAAAAACUUGGUACGUAUCCACGAUAUAGCACACGCAUUUUCGAGAGGGUGAAGUCGGGGGGAAGGUAGGGACGGAGGUCGUCUAUGCAAUCGAUAUAGCGUAUCGCUUUCGGGGGAGAGGGAAAGAGGAUGGGGUAGACCCUAGCGAACAAAUAUUGUUUAAAUAUUUCCUAGUACGACCGAAGAAUAUUUUUGUGACGCGACUUUGAAACAUUGAACUAGUUCUAGUUAACGCGGUUAAUUAAUUAACGAAUAUAUAUACCUUCGAGAUAUUUACAAGACAAAUUACAGGAAAUCUAUAAAAAAAAAAAAUAAAGAAGACUAUUUGUCAGCCGCGGCAGACCGGAAACUAGAGUUAAUUGUUGACUGUUGUAAUGAUUUCCAACUUGUAAAGCAUUUUUCGUUCGUGACGACGAGAAUGAGGAGAUUGCAUUUAAGCGUCUCCGUCGGCUAACAAGUAUUUUUCAAAGAGAGAGAGAGAGAGAGAGAGAGUGAGAGUGGAAGAAAGAGAGAAUGUAUGUGUGUGCAUGUGUGUACAUAUAAUCUGUAAGGAUUGUUAAAGCAAAGAUAUCGAGAGCAUGUUAAUUAGGAGCGCGUCCGUUCUCUCCUUCGAGCGCCCGUUUUAACGAGGCUCGCCAAAUCUCAGGCCGGAAGGCGGUAGAAGCGGUAAUAUUUUACAAAUAUUAAGAGUAAGUUUUCCCUCGCGUACAUUUCUAAAAUAAAUAACUAUGUGUUUGUAAAUAUAUGUUACGAAGUAAUGUAUAUUCAUUGAAUAUUUCCCAAGACAAACACACACUUACACACAUAUACACGGACAUGGACACGUAGACACGUACACACGUCUAACUUGGCGCGUCUAGCCAAUCCUAGGGGGUAAUUAUGUGAACGUUCACCACAAGUAUAUUUCGUUCUCCGCUAGGGUGCUGUGUUCAAAAAUACCUCGAGGAGUAUGGCGGAGCAUGUUAAUAAAAUGCCUUCGGGUAUAUCCCUAGAACUGAUAAUUAUCGAAUCGAAUCGAAUCGAAUCAAUGCAUGCAUUGUCAAUUGCCUCCAUAUCCUUUCGUUUUCUACGAGGAGUAAUAGAAGAGCACGAUUCAUUCUACGCGAAUCCACGACGUGGUCGCAGGGAAAUCGAAUUGACCGUCUCUCCUGCCCUAAAACGGGGGUGGCUGUAUCCGAAUGCGGAUCGCGGAGGGAAAAAUGUGCGGUUGAAAGGUAAAGCGGAUACACCGCUCCUUUAUACGAGUGAAAUUGAGUUUUCGUUAUUCCAACUUGCGAGUCAACUCAUUAAAAGUAGAGCUCGGUGAGUAUUUCCGCGAGAGAUUCCUAAGUUUCCUAAGUUGCGGGGGUUUCAGACGGCGCGCGCGGCCUAAGUCGACGUAACUUGCGACGUAUAUUCACCGAAGUUAACGGAGAGUCCAGGAAGAAAAGGAUAAGAUCGCUUUUCUUCUUUUUCUCUCGCUCUCUUUUUUUUUAGCGCAGUUCCUUGUUCUCGUGCAACAAUACCUCCCGUUCUACGGCAUGAAGGCGGAAGUUCGUCGCGCAGCUCGUUGUUUAAACGUAGCGACACAACGAUUUCAAAUUCAUCAAGGGCGACAUCGCGACUCUCAAUAACGGUCUCGCGUCGUUCGAACGUUUUAGCCGGAGGAACGACGCGCUAAACAACACGGUGCAAUAUUCAGAUAAGUUAAGGAUAAAUUUAUUUCCGGCCGAUACCGGUCGGUACGCAUGACGAAACACUCGACGCGUUUGUACUCGUAUUCCUAUUGUUAGAGCAUGAUCUUAAUAUCCCGUAAUAAUUACGUAAGUCAGUGGUGUCGCCGGUAGGCAAGCCAUGCCAAACGUUUUUUACAAAUGGUCACAAGAGCAAACAAAAAUAGGAGAAAACUCGACAGCAAUAUAAUCUACAUAUGCGACUAAUGUAUGCGUGCGUGCAGCGAAGGUGAUUAAGUGAGUGUGAUAAAGAGUGACGAGGCGCUCUUUCCUUGAGAUACAUACGUCACGUGCUGACGUGUCUUUGUGAAAAAUGGGCGAAUUAAAAGUGAUCGACUGGAAUUUUUCUUCUGCAAAAUCCGAUCGCCGGACUUGGAAACUGAAAUAUUGCCGCUGAAACUUGGUACAGUUUCUUUCGUACCACUUCUCGCAAAGAGGAAAGUUUCUUUCUUCCGAGUCUUUCGAUCGAGUGAUGUGACUAGUGCAGUUAAAUUUUAAUAAGAACCGAAACGGAGUUAACACGGAUUAAGCAUGCGAUCUCGGCAAGCUCUAUAUUCCCGCCGAUUUCUUUUAAUUCAAGGAUUUCUCAAUAUAACUAGGAGUAUCUUGCGAAGUUUUAUUAUCAAUUACUCCGCAUUACUUGCGAGGAGUAACGAUUCUAAGGAGGUAAUUUAACAUUUGUUGACAUUGUUAUCCAUUUUUAUAUAUUAUUACUAUUUGCAUCUCUCUACCCCUGUACAUAUAUUUUCGCAAGAGACAAUGCAUGUAUCGUCAAUUAUCACGCAUUCAAAAUAUCCAUCGUACCUCCAUUUCGAAGGAACUCUGCAAAAAAUAAGUAAAUUCAAAGGGAUUGUGGAGAGAGAGAGAGAAAGCCCGUUCUCGUGUGAAUCAAGUUAAGAACACAGUGUCGCGGGUCGCGUUCCCGUCCUUUUAGCUCGCCUAUUUUUUGCAGUAGAAGAGAGUAAAAUAGUCUACGAGUGCACUUACGAGGCGAUCGAGGCUCGUCGUAACGUGAGAGAUCGAUAGCAUGCCGGAAAAGGAUAGGAUUCUUACAAGUUACGGGCACGUGUGAUAUCUUACUAUCUAAAGUCUAUCGAGAUAAUUGCUGCGCAAGGCGAAAUCUUAAUGUUCACCGCUGUCUACUCUCAAUAAAGUGGCUGUCAUUCAAUAAA